AUGCCUCUUUUUGUGCUUAUACUUCAGUAUCAUCAGAUAAGCCGACCUAUUCGGAUCGAUUUGUGAAGUUGUUCUGCUCUUCAAAUUUUGUUUUCGAUCUACGCGUGUUUAACAUUUUGACGUGUUUGUUUCGACAAGAAAACGGUCUUUCUUCAACGUAGUUCGGUUUUUGUGCAUUUCAUUUGAAUAAUCCAUCGAAGAUUUAAAAAUAGAAUAGAUUUGGCGAACAUUUAUUUUUAUUGAUAAACAAAAAUGAAGUCUGAGUAUAAGUGUUGCACGGCUUGCGAGGAUCCAAUUUCCGAUCGCUAUUUGUUAGAAGUAUCUGGGCAUGCAUGGCAUGGCUCGUGUUUACGAUGCUGCGUUUGCUUGGCAACGCUUGACGAACAACGAACAUGUUACAUCCGCGAUUCAAAUAUUUACUGCAAGGAAGACUACAUGAAAUUUACACAGUGCGCAAAGUGUCAGCGAAAGAUCACAUCGACCGAUUGGAUUCGUCGUGCAAAGCAAUACGUAUUUCAUUUGGCCUGUUUCUCGUGUGAUUCAUGUGAUCGUCAACUGUCAACUGGUGAAGAGUUUGCCUUAAUUCAAGACCAAAUCCUGUGCCGUGAGCAUUAUCUCGAAACAGUUGAAGGUGAAACGACAUCAAGUGACGCUGAUAGUUAUUUUGGUGGUGAGGAUUCGUCAAAAAAGAAAAUCAAACGAGUACGAACGGCAUUCACCGAAGAACAAUUGGAGGUGUUGCAGCGCAAUUUUGAAAUUGACAGCAAUCCAGAUGGUCAAGACCUAGAACGAAUCGCAAUAAAUGCCGGCCUCAGCAAACGUGUCACACAAGUUUGGUUCCAAAAUGCACGCGCCCGACAAAAGAAGCACACACAUUUAGGCAAACGCAAAGCUCCAUACGAACUGAAUGUACAUAUGCAAACCAAUUUACUGGUAUAAGAGCUGGGAGAUAACCGCCCCGACGCCAACCUCCCAUCAAUUUAAAACUAAGUGAUAUAUCUUUAUUUGUUCGAUCAUUGUCUUUUUUGGUUUUAACCUCCAUCCAUAAUGUUAAUUGACAAAGUGUAACGAUUCUGCAUAGCUCUAACGACACUUUUGAAAAGUUUUUGCCCCCAAAAAAAAAACACAAACACACACACACACAAACAAAACAAAACAAAUGAGAAAAAAAAACAAAGCAACAAAAUAAUGAUACAGAAAAUAUUUAAAAAAAAAGAAAAGAAACUGUGCGCAAAAAAGUAAACACAUAUGUUACUUAGCAUAUUUUGCUCAUUGUCUAGCAAUUUUAAAUGAAUUUUCUUUUGUGUAAUAUAAUUUAUGAACAAGUAUGUAAGAAUAUUUAUUCUCAUAAUUUUUAAUUCUCUAUUGAUGACUAAAUAAAUGCAACAAUUUAAUUAAGCAAUGCAAGAAAUACAGAAAAAC